GUGGCGGUGCGGCGGUGGCUGUGACGGAGGAUAAAUUAAGAAAUGGCAGAAGCAGUUUUCCACCCCCCAAGAAGGAAAAGGAGAGUUUUUGAGUCGUACGAGGCUCCCUUUCCUGUGGACGUAGGGGGGAAGGAUUUCAGACUAUGCCAGGCUGAGAUCAUUAACAACAAUGUGAUUGUGAGGAACCCCGAGGAUAUUGAACAGCUCUACAACAAGGGCUACUUUGGAAAAGGGAUCCUUUCCAGGAGCCGCCCAGUGUUCAGCAUUUCAGAUCCUCUGCUAGUGGCCAAGUGGAGAGGUGUUAACACAAACAUGCCCAUAAUUACAUCUCAAAAGUACCAGCGCCGUGUGCAGUGGGCUAAAAGUGUCCUGCAGGAGCAGGGCCUCGACGACAGCUCCGUCACCAAAAUCCUGGAGAAUUACACCAAGCCCUUCUCCAGAGGGGAUGGGGCUGAACCAGCUGGGGACAGCUGCACCAGAGGGGGCCCAAGCCCAGGAAAUGCAGAACUGGGCAGGAAACCUGCUGGAGCCCAAAGUCCUGAGGGUCAGAACGGGGGCUCCGAGGAGGGAGGAGAUGCAGCUGUGGAUCCUGGGAUUGGCUCCAGGAACCAGGAACUGGGGGAUUCCAGGGAAAUGGCUGGAGAGUCCUGCCACAGGGACCCUUCUGUGCUCCGUGGCUGCGAGGUGAAGCAGAGCCCUGAACAGAGGGCUUGGGAGGGCAUGGACUCAAGGGAAUGUGCUCCAGAAUAUGUGCUGGUGCAAGAGGAGGAAGAAGGAAGCUCCUGUCCUAAAGAUGACUCCACUCAUGCACAAGAGAACCUUGUCAAGAAGGAAGUAUUAGUAUGCAGAAAAAACCCAUUUAGGAUUUUUGAGUACUUACAACUCAGCUUGGAAGAGGCUUUUUUCUUGGUGUAUGCUCUGGGAUGUUUAAGUAUUUAUUACGGUGAGGAGCCCCUGAGCAUCGUGAAGCUGUGGGAAGUGUUCAGUGAGGUGAAGCCUGAUUUCAAAACCACCUACAUGGCCUACCACUAUUUCAGGGGCAAGGGCUGGGUGCCCAAGGUGGGGCUGAAGUACGGCACGGAUCUCUUGCUGUAUCGAAAAGGGCCCCCCUUCUACCAUGCCAGUUACUCUGUCAUUGCUGAGUUGGUGGAUGAUAAUUUUGAAGGUUCUCUUCGCAGACCCCUCAGCUGGAUGUCCCUGUCUGGGCUGAACAGAACAACUGCAAACGCUUCCAAGGAGCUCAUGCUGUGCUAUUUGAUCAGGCCUUCUGACAUGACUGCAGAGGAGAUGUCAACCCCAGAGUGCAUGAAGAGAAUCAAGGUCCAGGAGCUGAUUGUGACUCGUUGGGUUUCCUCCCGUGAGCGCAGUGAGCAGGAAGAAUUGUAACUGCCUGCACAAGAAAAUCUCACUUUUUAAAAGCCACUUCUUCUUGUUUUUUACCUGAUCUUGUGAUGAACUGUUCCCUCAGAACAUUUUCUGCCAACAUGUUCACUUGGUGUGUAUAAAUGCUGUAUAAAAUGA